CAGCACGCGUUCACCGCUGGGGCGCGCGCCCACGUGCCGACGACCGCGCCUCCGUGCCGGGUAACCGCCCACAAACUUGAGUCCACACCGCCCGCAUCGUCCCGUUCCCCCACACGAUUCCCACGCCCACACCCCACCGUCUCCGCAGGCAAAUCCCCUUCCUCCCUCAAACCGCCCACCAAAUGCUCCACCCCUCCGCUCCCCGUCGCCGGCCCGCAAAACCCUAGCGCCGCCCGCGCCCUCGCCGAUGUCGCCGCCGCCGGCGGUGGUGGCGGCGGCCGGUCCCGGGGAGACCCCGGUGCCAGCGUGGCUCCGCGGCCUCCCGCGCGCCCCGGAGUACCGCCCCACGGAGUCGGAGUUCGCCGACCCCAUCGCCUUCCUCUCCCGCGUGGAGCGCGAGGCGGCCGCCUACGGCAUCUGCAAGGUCAUCCCGCCCUACCAGCGCCCCUCCCGCCGCUUCGUCUUCGCUCACCUCAACCGCUCCCUCACCUCCUCCUCCGACGCCGCCAAUCCAGCCGUCUCCGGUUCCUCCUCCAGCACUGCUCCCUCGCGACCGGAAUCCGCCGCCGUGUUCACGACCCGCCACCAGGAGCUCGGCACCCCGCGGCGUGGGCGCCCGCCGCCGCAGGUGCUCAAGCAGGUGUGGCAGAGCGGCGAGCAGUACACGCUGGAGCAGUUUGAGGCCAAGUCCCGCGCCUUCUCCAAGGUCCACCUCGCUGGCCUUCGCGAGCCAACUCCACUAGAGGUGGAAUCCCUCUUUUGGAAGGCGUCAGCGGACCACCCUAUCUACAUCGAGUAUGCGAAUGACGUUCCAGGGUCUGGCUUUGCCGCCCCACCGCAGUCCCGGCGACGGAAGAAGCGGAGACGAGAGGGUGAUCAGGUGGAAGAAGUGGAGAAAGGUUCUGGGUGGCGGUUGUCAGGAAGCCCAUGGAACCUCCAAGCAAUUGCUCGGGCUCCUGGGUCACUCACACGAUUCAUGCCGGAUGAUGUUCCAGGGGUUACCUCGCCAAUGGUGUACAUUGGGAUGCUUUUUAGUUGGUUUGCAUGGCAUGUUGAAGAUCAUGAGUUGCACAGUCUCAACUUCCUCCACACCGGGGCACCCAAGACGUGGUAUGCAGUCCCUGGGGACCGGGCCUCAGAGCUAGAGGAAGUUAUUCGUGUGCAUGGAUAUGGAGGAAACCCUGACCGCCUUGCAUCGCUGGCAGUGCUCGGGGAGAAAACAACAUUGAUGUCCCCAGAUGUUCUUGUAGCCCGCGGUGUGCCUUGCUGUAGAUUAGUACAGUAUCCUGGAGAGUUUGUCGUGACGUUCCCCAGGGCUUACCACAUUGGAUUUAGCCAUGGAUUUAAUUGUGGAGAGGCUGCCAACUUUGCAACUCCCCAAUGGUUAAAAUUUGCAAAAGAGGCUGCUGUUCGAAGGGCUGUAAUGAAUUAUCUCCCAAUGCUCUCUCAUCAACAGCUCCUGUACUUGCUAGCAGCAUCUUUUAUAAUCAGAACGCCAAGCGUGUUGUCUGGGAUUCGAACUUCUCGGUUGAGAGAUCGAAGAAAAGAAGAAAGAGAACUGCUGGUCAAACAGGAAUUCUUGCAGGACAUGAUUAAUGAAAACAAGCUUUUGUGUUCUUUCUUGAAAAAGAAAUCAAUUGAUAAUGUUGUGCUCUGGGAGCCUGACUUGUUACCAUCUUCUACUGUUCUAAAUUCCUGCUCUUUUGGCUCAAAAGCUCCUGAGAAGAAGUCCGAGGAUGGUUGCAGAAUUGAAUCUAGCCAAUGCAACCACAAAGAUAACAGCUCAUUUGAUGGUAGUGUGCUUAUGACUGGGACACAGACUAAAUGCAUGUCUGCGAAUAGCAAAUCAUCUGAUGCUGCAUCUGCUUCUGUGGAAAAGUCCGAUGCUGACACAGAUGACGAGGAUGACCUGCCUUUCGAUUUGAGCAUUGAUUCUGGCUCAUUAACCUGUGUUGCUUGUGGAAUUCUUGGCUAUCCAUUCAUGGCAAUUCUGCAACCUUCCAGAGAAGCAUUGGAAGGGAUUUCCCCUGUUCAUAGGGAAAAAUUCAAGCUGAGUUCUGAAAAAGAGAAAUCUGCAUAUGUACUUCCAUGCUGUCCUGCUGGUAGCAAUUCCGGAUCGUCCUUUGUUCCAAAUAGACCUUCCUGCUCUGUGGAACAACCAUGUCUGGCUACUCCUGUGGAGCAAGCUAACAUCGACCAUCAGAAUGUAAAGUCACGUAAAGAUGUUUGUUUACCGGAGAAUGAACUUGCUGGACCUGUGCAACAACACAGUGAUAGUUCAUAUUAUUGCAGAAGUGAAAAUACUCUUUAUUCAUGCAGUAACUGGAAAAAAUCUGAUAAUACUAUACCUAAGGACAGUCUUGGCCCAGAAGUUAAACAAACAGGCAGAUGUGACAUUAAUGUACAAGUUGUAGAAAGUUGUGAUGGCACUAUUAACUGGAAUACAAGUUCUACCUUUGCACGACCCAGAAUCUUUUGCUUGCAGCAUGCUCUUGAGAUUGAAGAGUUGUUUGAGGGCAAAGGUGGUGUCCAUGCCCUCAUUAUUUGCCAUUCAGAUUAUACUAAAUUAAAAGCGCUUGCAAUAUCAAUAGCUGAGGAAAUUGAGUUUCAGUUUGACUGCACAGAUGUUCCUCUUGCAAAUGCAUCCAAGUCUGAUUUACAUCUAAUCAACAUUUCAAUUGAUGAUGAGGGGCAUGAGGAAGAUGGAAAGGACUGGACAUCGCAGAUGGGUCUAAACCUGAAAUAUUGUGCCAAGCUUAGGAAAGAAACAUCAGGGAUUCAGGAUCAAUCUCCUUUGUCAGUUUGGGGACUGUUUUCAAACCCUUCGCCUGUUUCAGUUGUUCCUAACCUCAAGUGGCUCUGCAGAAAAGCACGGACACCAUACAAAGUUAUUGGUGUUAUUUCCAGCUCAAGCACCACAGCAAUUGCUGGGGAGGUUAAGCCUGAAGUGAAGAAAGAAACAGGCACUACUGGAAAUGUUUGUGAGGAUGACAAUAGCCAACAUAUUUUCCAAAAAGAUGACCUCUUGCAACCAAGUGGGCUGCACCAUUCCGAUGAUAGAGACAAUAGGCCCUCAUGUUCUAAGGAGAAUGACCAUGACAGACAUUGUCUUAUUGAUAUCCCUAUUGCUGUUGCCGAAUAUCCUUUGAAGCACCAAGUUUGUGAGGGUCCAGUUAGUGUUAGCACGCGCAAUGUCACUAUUUGUUCAUCAGAUUCCCAGGAUUCAUCUCUACUUGCCACAUCACCAGUUGAUGUUACAAGAUAUCAAGGACGUACAAAAUCAACUGAGUUGAGUUGUUCAUCAACCUUUUGUGUUCAACAGUUCCUUAAUGAUGAAAGUACCUCUGUGGAAGGAAGCAUGAACUGUAUAAGCAAUCAUGAGUACUUAAAAUCUCAGGAUGUUACUUUGCGGUGCAGAGAUGAAUGUUUGCAAGUUCAACAAGAUCAGGAGGAGAUGGGACUUUGCAAUAAUCGUAAUAGGACAUCAGCUGAUCCAUGUCUUAAGGAAGGUUUGGCUAUUUCAGAAGAAAAGCAUGGGGGCACUGUGUCAGCAGCCCUUGAAAAUGACGAGGGUUGUGCUAAGACAUCUAACUGUUCUGAUAAAACUAAUGAAUCUGCAACUGUCAACCCAUUGGAGACUCAUGAUGUGGGUGCUGUUCCAGUGGAACAAAAGACAAGCUGUGAUGAGAUGACCUGUAGUGCUGAUGUUCAACGUAUUAUAACCUUUGGCUGUCUUGGCUCUUCUGAUGUUCCUGGUUCGACUCAGCCUCUGUCGGUUCCGCAUGAUUUGAUGAGUGAUGAACUGCAGGUUGAUAGCCACCAUUGUGUUGUCAAGGCCAUCGAGCCUGAGAGCAAUGAUUCUGCUAAGCAUGGAUCUCCACAGAUAGAUUAUCUUGUUUCAGAGGACGCUCAAGCUGCUUCAAUGACUGUGCUCCCUGUACAUGAUGGAAUAUCUCUUCACACUGGAUCAAAUUCCUUUGAUAUUUUACUUGGAGCUCUGGCUGAAGAAUCCAAGGUAACAGAUGCUCCUGGGAAAGAUGAAGUUGGGAAAGCUUCCUUGACAUUAAUGACAUUGGCUAGCAAUGACCACUCUGCGGAUGAAAUUGCACAAGGCAAAAUUGUAGAGGUGGCGAAAAGAGAGACAAUUUUCGGAGCAACAAAAGAUAAUCAACAAGUUGAUUGUCCAUAUGACUUUUGUUUAUCAGAUCUGGUGUCUAGAAGCAUCGGAAACUCAAAUAGAACUGAUAUCAUUUGCUAUUUCAGACGCAAACGCAAGAGAAAGAAGGAUUCUCAGUCAAAUACUGAUAGUUCACAAAGUCUUGGGAGUUUCGUCCGGUCCCCAUGUGAGAGCUUGAGGCCAAGGACUAAACCUGCAGUAGUUGAAACUGUGGAAGUUUCUGCUGGUAAAAAGGGCAAGAGGGCAAAAGUGGGAUCAUUUCAGUGUGAUAUUGAUCUUUGUGACAUGGCAUUUGAGACUAGAGCCGAACUUAAUGCCCACAAGCGCAAUAUUUGCACUGACGAGUCAUGUGGCAAGCGUUUCAGUUCCCACAAGUACUUGAAGCGUCAUCAGUGCGUCCACAGUGAGAUAAGGCCAUUUAAGUGUCCCUGGGAUGGUUGCGAAAUGACUUUCAAGUGGUUGUGGGCUCAGACCGAACAUGUCAGGGUGCACACAGGAGAGCGGCCUUAUAAGUGCUCCGCACCUAGCUGUGGGCAGACUUUUAGAUAUGUCUCAGAUUACAGUCGCCACAGAAAGAAGUUCAAUCAUUAUUGAUGAAUUCAGUUUUAGUAAACUAGUCGUAGCUGGGGGCAAAUCUUCAGCUGCUUGUGUUGGUCCUAUGUUUGUUGUAGCAGCUCACAUAUUUAACCACGUGACAGCUGGUAGGGCUAGUGUAUGUUCCUUUGUUAACAAUGUGCUAAUAAUGUUAGUGUAGGAGUUAGAAAUUGUUGGGGGUGAAGAGACACCCCACCUGUUGAUGUAGAUUUGCAUACGCUGAUCUAGCCACUGACAAGUGGCCAUUCAUUAUUUGUUCAUCUGAUCGGUGAUGUAUCUAAUCCCUGGUAAACUUUAUGAACAUUGUGAAACCAUAUGAAUGAUUUCAAAUGAUCCCGGAUUGGUUGCA